ACAUUGUGUUGACACUGCAACAGUUAUGCUAUUUUCCUUCACUCUACUAGCCAGGUUGACAUGGACAUGAAAGAUGGAGAUCAUGAAGAAGGAUUAUCAGGACAGCAGGAACAAAAGCCUUAGAAAAUGAACUUACCAGCUGUCAGAGAUCUUGUACCUGAAGGUUUAGAUUCUUUAAAAGAUGAAAAGAGAUGGGAUGCUGAGGGGGACCAUCCUGUGGAGGUAAAAGAAUUAAGUAGGAGUAAAUGGUCAAUUCAUUUGGAUGAAGAUGAACGUGAAGGAUCAGAAACUAUUAAGGAAAAUUUGAAUGCUCUCUCCGGGUUGAUCCAAGCAUGUGGGAAGAAAGGAAAAUCUGUGCAUUGGAGUGACAAGGUUUUGUACGUUUUCUUGGUGGCUUUCAGCAGUCUUAUUUAUUUUGCUUAUUUUCCAAGGCGGGUGACACCGGGUUCUCGACAGGCACAGCUAAGAAGGCGAAAAUGA